ACGUAAUUAGCACGAUGGAUGCAGGUACUAUCUUACAUGUUGGCAACAGGAACAGCGGCGGGUUUUGGACUGACGGUGGAUUUGUAUAAUUCGUUGAGCGGUACUUCGAGUUUUCUAAACAAGGCGAACGCAUCGGCUAGCCUUCUCUUCUUCGCAUUCGUUUUCUCGGCAGUCUCAUCUGUCUUUUCCUCAUACGCUCUCCCCAAAAAAUCCUAAUUCUUUUGCUCUCUAAUUAAGCUAAGGACAACUACAACUUUAAUUUUGUCUCAACAAUGUGACCAACGUUUUCUUUUCUUUUUUUAGAGUCAACUGAAAAAAUACUCCUUGUGUUAUUUUGUUUUGUUUCAAAACCCCCUCGUGUUCUAAUUAAUUAGCAAAUUCUUUCUAU